UGUUUUUCUUUCCGACAGUUUGAUGUCUUCCUUCAGUUUUAAGAUUUCAGCAGAUGGUGAUUCAGCAACAACCUUGGAUGUUUUCUUUUGUGCAUCUAAUUCAUUCAUCAUCUGCUGAAUUUUGUCAUCUGCCAGUUUGAGUUCUUCCUUGAGGUUCAGUAUUUCUGAGGUGUGCGCCUCACACUGCAGCUGCUUUUGCUGCCAUUCAAAAAAGAUCCAAAGUUACACACAGAUGUGUAGAAAACAAAAAAGUACAGCAAAGCUUCUGCUGUACUAACCUGGAAUACCUCCGUCAGUGAGUCUUUUUCAGUCGUCGCCUGUUGGAUCAUUUCUCCUGCCAGUCUAAGCUCCUCUUUUAGGUUCACUAUUUCCGAGCCGCGUUGCUCACACUGCAGCUGCAUUUGCUACAAUUUAAGAAAUCCACAUUUGAAAAUAUCCAAAUUGAUACACAACAAAUUCUACAUUUUCAUUAUCACUAUAUUUGAUUCACUUUCUGCUUUUUCCUGGCUUAGGUUUUACGCUGGAUGCUUUUGUUUUUUUUCCCCCCAAAAAUCUGAUUUUACAGGGCCAGAAAUGCUGCAUCACAGCUGUGCGGGGAUCCACUGUACACAACCAGGGACAUUAUUACUAUACUAACCUGCAUUUCAUCCAUCAGUGAGUCUUUUUCAGCUGUCACCAGCUGGAUUUUUUCUUCCGUCUUGCUAAGCUUUUCAUUCAGGUUCAAGAUUUUAGAAAAUGUAUUUGUGGUGUGCUGCUCCUGCUGCUGCUGCUUUUGUUGGAAAACGGUCAUGGUCAAAAAUAUUAGCACUCAUUUUUGUCAUUUGUCAGCAAUUACUCAGAAAAAUGCAUUUUUGUGUACCAUAUGGACAGUAGCAGAGCCAGAAAGCUAUUAUUGGGGUGGCCAAGGUGAGACAAAUUACUCACAGAAGUUGAUACCUGAAUGAUCUAGAUGGCCAGUGGGGUGUAGCCACCCCUGGCCACCCCUUAGCUCUAUCACUGCAUAUGGACAAAGAUAAGAAGAGCAAAGAACGAUAGAAGGAGGCCAAUUGCUGCUAAGCCUAUAUUCCUCCAUGUCUGCUUCUUUUUCUCUUGUCACCUGCUGUGUGUUUCCUUCUGCCAGUUGGUGUUCCUCUUUCUGGUUGAAGGGUUCAGUGGAUGUAUCCGAAGGUUGGUGGGGCUGCAAUUGCUAUGGAUUAGGAAAUAAUUACUAUACUUUAAUUAAUUUACUUUACUAUAAAUAAUAACUAAUAAUUACUGUAGUGUUCAUAUCUCCAGAGAUAAGUGUUCCAUCAGUACGAACCUCAAACUCCAUUUUUUCUUCUGCCGUUCUGAGCUUUUCUGCCAGUGUCAAGUUGUCAGGAGGUGUGUUUGAGCUGUUGCGGCUCAGCUGCAAGUACUUUUGUUACAGGUUAGGAAAUAAAGCAUUGACAAUUGACAAAAACGUUGUCCAGGUACGUAGUGUGCUGAUACAAACCUUCAGUUCUUCCAUCAGAGUGUGCUUUUCAGCUGUCACCCGCUGAAGCUUUUCUUCCACCAGUCUGAGGGUAUCUUUCAGGUUCAAUAUUUCAGCAGAUGGAUUGGAGCUUUCAUAGUCAUGCUGUGGCUAUAAAUUAGGAAAUCAGGAUGUGUCAGUCAACAAGAUUUGACAAAGAGAGUUUCUUACCUUUUAGGUCUUACUUACCUUGACGACCUGAUACUUAGGACUCCUCUGCCUGUCUGGACUGUGACUAGGGCUGCUAGGCACUCUAACUAUUUUAUAGUGGUCAGCCUCCUGCCGAUAGUGAUCCCUCUCCUCCUCCAGACUCUUGACAAAGGCAUCCAGACGUGAUGGAGAGCGCUCCCAUCCACAAAUGCCAUAUCUAGUUCGCAUGCCCUCCAGCUCCAGCACCAAGGCUCUUUCUGCAGAACAGCAACUCAGUGAAGUGAUCACCAACAUAUACAGGAGGAACCAGGAAUGUACUGUAGAUACAAAUAGACAAACUUCAGCUUACCGACAGACAUCAUCUUCUCCACUUUGUCCUGCAGCCUACUUUUCUCAGCCUCAAGGAAAUCCACCAUUCCCUCCAAUUUCUCAUUCUGUUCUUUUAGCUCCACCAGCUGGUCUCCAAGAUUAGAUUUUAUAAACUCCCAUUCUGAAGCCUCCUGAGACAAAAUCCCCAAUAGUUAAAAUCAACUCUAAAGACACAAAGGCUUCCCCAAAGGCCAGCUGAGAGACAUAGUGCCUCCAGCACAUCCAAAGCCUGCCCCAAGUCUCCUCAUGGUUGCACAAGCCCUGAGCAGGCACACAUUGAAGUAAUAUAUUACUGCAUGUUCAAAUCCAGAUAUUAGUAUCAAAUCCAGCUUACACUGUUUAUGCCAGUCUUCAUUUCCUGUUCAUGGCCAUCUGCAGGAGCGUACGUUAGGUCAGCCUAUAGAACAGUUGGAAUCAUUGUAUGUAUGUUAUAGAAGUAAUAGACUUCCUCUUACGUCCUUAGAGAAUAAAAAGAAAAAACAUCUUGUCCCUCACCACACUUUUUUUACAGAGUUGACCCUCCAAAUCUUUAAUGACUUCCUGUGAGAGGGAGAAAAAUCUUCACUAAUGAAUUUAGUUCUUGCUUUUAAUAGUAAUAGUCUUCUUCUAGGCCUUCCCACUUUCUCACAUUCAUGUCUUGGAAUUUCAUAUCAGCUGUUUUUAGCUUUUGCUUCUUAUCCAUUUCCAUCUGUCUGGCGAGGUGGAGUAUGUGCAUGAACUCGCCACACAGCUCACGGUUCUUUGAGGUGAGGUCGGCCACUUUGAUGGAGGACUUCUGCUGCAGUCCCUCAAACUUCCUCUUCAGUUGCUUGUUGGUCACUUGCAUGUCCUCGAUCUAGGAAGGCAACAGGCAAGAGACUUAGAAAAACUAGUGUUGUCCAUGAUAGUCACAUAUGUUUGUAGGUUACUUACAUGGUUAUUUAAGAGUUGUACUUGCCCCUGAGCAUUUUGGAGUUCCUCUUUUAAUUUUGUCACUUCGUCCAGAGGCUCAAGAAUUCUACAAAUCAAAAAGACUCCAUGGAAACACACACACAUCUGCAAUCAUCCAGCAACAUGAAGGUCUAAUCCACAGCAAACCUUCCAUCUGCCUCCUGCAGAAGGUCUGCUUCAUAUGCAUCCUCAGGCUGGGACAUGGAAUGUGGAGAUGGUGGAAAAGGAGGAACGCUGAGCUUUUUUUCACCUAAGACACACAGGAACAGGUCAUGAUCCAUUUGGCAGAAACACAUUGCUCACGCCGUCAUCCAAAGCCUACCUCUUGAAUGCACCACUGCAUUGAAAUGAUUCUUCCGCAGAUGACGGAGGCGUUUAGCUUUCUCUUUGCUGUCCUUCUCCAGGCAUCGGACCUGGUGCACAUACUGCUUGUUCAGAGACUUCAGGAAAGAGAGCUCAUCUUCCAGCUUUGUGAUGCAGAUGUUCAUCUCUGAAACAACAGAUGGGGGUUUGGGGGUUUUCAUGGCUUGGUGAUGAGUCUUGUUCAUCUUACCUCUGGUCACAUGGUCCUUCUCGUCCUUCACCUUCAUAAGCUCCAGGUGAAGCUGCUGGUUGUCCUCAGUCAGCUCAGCAUUAUCUACUCUGUACGGUUCCAGAAGGACAUCACAUUUUUGGAUUUCUUUUUCCGACUUGCCUCCAAAUCGCUUUGCUUUGCGUAGUCUUUCAGUGAUGCGAACCAGAUCACUGGAACACAGAAGAAAACUCAGUAUGGAUCUACUGGCAGAAUUGGUGAGCCUGUGCAAUGCAAAACUGUCAACAGAGAAGAAAGCUGAGAAAAAAGAAAGCUGUGAGCAACCAAACAGCACAGAUGCAUGGUGCUCAGCUAGUCAAGGAGAGCAAUGAGCUCCACCUUGUGAAGGAGAGAGAAGGACCAUGUCACCCGAGGGGGAGAAAUACCCUGAGUUCCUUUCAGAUGUCAGAGAAUGCAGGCCAAUGAAGCCAUACCUACUCCUCUUCAUCCUCCACCACCUAAAUCUGCUCAUCCCGCAUCCCGGCCUGAAGGGCUGUAUGUAGCAGAUGGAAGUCAACAAGUCACCAACAUCAAAUGUGACCUAGAAAAGGCCCAUGGAUGUAUAAAACUCUUAAUCACCCAAGUGGCCGAGAGGGACAAAGAGAUAGAGGGUCUGAAUCAUGCACUUCAUGCAGAGCGAAGCCGGGAUGUUGUCUCCUUAGAAGCACAGAACAACACUAAUAAAAAAGUGAUCGCCUAUCUUAACCUUCAGAUCGAGUACCUUCAAGAGAGCAACAAGAUGUUAGAGCAGAAGCUGUCGGAACUACAACAGAAGUUCUCAGAUGAAAUGGCCGACCUCUCCUUAAAGAACUUUGAACUGUGCCGAGAAGUGGCGCACAAGACUAACAUGGUGAAGCAGACCCAGAUGGACAAGAAGCGAGGAUUGAGUAUCGCUUACAGGAAGUUGUACAAUUCCAAAGAAGUCAUUCUUGAUCAACAGGAGGUUAUUAAAGACUUGGAAGACAACCUGAUAAGAUUAAGAGCUGAAACUCCAGAGAUGAGCCCAAGUGGUUUCAUCGGAUUGGAUCGCAUUGUUGACCUGGAAAAGGCUGUUCAGAGUCUGGAGAAGGAGAGACUAGACCUGCGUUCACAGCUUUCUCUGCUGAAAGACAGCAAACGGGAUGCAGAGACGCAAAUGGAUAUUCACUCUGCUUCACAUCUUCAGAAUGCAGUGGAGGCAACAGUGGCACAGCAAAGGAUUACAGCGUACACUUUUAGUGAGCAGCAGGGGGCUCCAAACAACCAUGUGUUGAAGCUGGCCAGCCUGUCAAAACAACUGGAUAACGCUGAGGAGGUGACAGGACUCAAAGACACACAAAACAAAGAAUGCAUUGUCACAAAGGACACCAUGUUGGAAGAUGACCUGACCAGACAGAAGCAAUUUGGACAACAAGUUGAGAUGGAGGAUGUAUUACAUGAGCGUAAUGAGCUCAAACUCCAAGUAAGCUCUUAUAUCACUACAGUGUCUAGGAUUGCGAGCCAGUUGAAGACAAAGGAGCAGGAGAAUCUCAACCUGCUGGAGCGUUUACAAAAGGCCCACUCUGACAUACAAGAACGAGAUCAGAGGCUGCAGCAGGCCGAGGACCUCAAAAGUGCCAUCUACUUGGAGUUGCACAAAACUAAGCCGGCCGCUCUUCUCUCUGAACUGGCUUCUGCCAGGAAGCUUAACGCCAAACUGAACUCAGACGGCGAACUCGCUGCUUGUCACUUCACGUUCAAGAGCAUGGAGCUUCAGCUGGCCAAGGACCAACUGGAAGAUGCCCAUUCAGAGGUACAGCAGUUAAAAAAGCAACUGGAAACACAAAAGUUGACGUUGCCCUCCACCACGCUUCAAAAUGCCAACAAGAGGGAGUCAAAGAUAAGAUUCCUACGAGACGGGCUCAUUCCGGCUGACAAUAUGACUGGCGACUGCGGCCACAGGAGGCAGGGGUCCCAGCUUCAGGGUCGUGUCUGUCAGCCUCAGACAAAGAUUAACAGCCCGGACACAAGAGCUCCAGCAGUACGCCCCGAACAACAUGUGACCUUCAAGGACUGAUCUCAAAUGAAGGCAUCUGCAUCAAAGGUCCUCCAUCAUGUUGAGGAGCAUGGAGCUCAUGCUGAAUCUUAACAAGUAACUGUCUACACGUCCUAUCGGUAGCCUACUAAAUGAUUAUAUUAGGUUUGCUGAUAAGCGUGGCAGUAGCUCUGUCUAUUAAGCCAUGGAUUUGGACACUGUGGAAUUUGGGACAAGCUCGGAGCACAAAGUGGCAUUGAGCAAGGAACUAAGCCUCACUCCUGUUUAAAAACAAUUCCCCAUUGCUUUAUUUGUUUUUAAGUCCCCCACCCCACCCUGCCUCUACUCAAAUGUUUCCAAUGAUGUGGCAAAGAUGGCAAAUCAUACACUCAAUUGGAACAUGAACUGAAUCAUCUGUACACCGACCCGGGCGCUAAAGAUCCAGGCUUUUUGGCAUGGUAACCAGCGAAGCAAGGCUGCAUCAGGUGUAUUUAAAAAGUCUCUUUUAUUUGAUAGUUUUAUAGAAAAAUGGCUGAGAAAAACUUAAGAUGAGUUUAAAUAAUUCACAAGCAUGAUCUAUCCCUGUUAAACCAGUCCACAGUUGCAGGACAUCUCCAGUUAAGUCCUCGUGGAGUAGAAAAAUAUAAUACAAAUUAGUCUCUGCGUUUUUUUUUAAUGCCGGCAAUGCUCAGUGGUUGUGUUAGGGAGGGGAUAAGUGAAGAGGGAGAAGUCUAGGAUGUACUUUGGAAGGAGUUCUCUCAGCAGCUUCUGUGGCAGGCUGCACAGGUAAUAGUGAAGUGUCUCUGAGGUGACGGGCUUGUACCAUGACUGCCUCUCUGGAAAGCGCACGUGCGAGGGAGCCCCGAUUCGUUGGAGCACAAACUCUGCAUCACUUUCCAGGUGUUCGUAGGAGCCGAUGAAGUCGUAGGGGAGGACGCAAGGCUGGCACAGGUUGUACAUGGGCAUCCAGUGCUCGUUCAUGCGUUCCACAUCCUCAUCCAGCAAGUAACGGACAAACUCUGCAAAGGUGACGUCGUCUCCGGUUAUCAGCGAGUUAUUAUUGCGGCCCUUCCUGUAGCGUUUGAUGAUCUCAACGCCGUACUUUUUCUGGUAGGACUCGAUCUCUCCGAACUUGUUCCUGUAGGCGGAUAGCAGGCGUUCCAUGGGCUCACGCACAAACAUGAACUUGAAGUAGUGCUUGAGGCGGUAGCGGAUCUCCUCUGGUUUCAUGGAGGACAAAAAGAGCAGGUCACUCUUGUGGUCCAUCUUCACGCUGGCAUCCACGCUCUCCAGCGCCCCGCUGAGGACCUUGAGGACUUUUUUCCAGUUGGAACAGGCCACCUUGGGGACGUAGCAGUAGAGGAAGCGGUACUCAUCGUUCACCAGCACGUGCUGCAGCACGGUCUUCCUUUGCAAGGGUGGCAAGGACCACACAUUGUGGGGCAUGUUCUUGUGGUUGCACAUGGUCCUGAUGGUGCGGUUCCUGAUCUCCUGGAGGAUCUGAAUGGA